AUGGACGAGAUCAAGAGCAUCAUCCUCCAGAACAUGAAGCAGCGGGGCGAGCUCGCGGUCCUGCAGGCGAAGGUCCGCGAGUCCGUCCUCCGCGCGCUCGAGGGCCACAAGGCCAGCCCGCCCCCGCAGCCCGAGGGCGAGACGUACGUGAUCCUGGAGCUCAUCACGGAGUUCUUCCGCUUCAUGGGCCUCCACUCCACCGCCGGCACCCUCGAGGUCGAGGCGGGGAUCCCGACGCUCCCCGUCAGCCGGGAGUACCUGAUCCGGACCCUCGGCCUGUCGCCCGACGCGAUCAACAACGAGAUCCCCCUCCUCUACCACAUGCUCGCGUUCUGCCAGCAGUUCGGGGGCGUCUCCGCCGUCGUCCUGGAGGAGGACCAGGGGGACCGCCUGUAA